AUGGGUCUCGUCGACGCGAAGAACAAGGUCCCGGAGCUCCAGAAGUUCUACCAGACUGCCUACAAGGAGCACACUCGUCUCUGGAAGAUCUGCGAAACCGGCGCAAGCGCCGACGAACGGAGGCUGACUCAACUAUCGCAGAACCCUCGCAGCCGUCUUUACAUGACCCCCUACGUUAUCCUUCUGUGGGGAACCCUUGGCGUUACUUUCUACGGCGCUGGCCGCAAGGUUCUCGGCUACAACACCUACUUCGGCAAGAACUAA